AUGACGCAGCUUCACGAUGGCGACCCUGAGGCCUCGGUGGCAUUCCGGCUGGAGUUCAGCACCACCAGGGUCAUCAAGGGUGCUGCAUUCGCCAACUUCAUGACAGAAUGGACUGAUGUUCCAAGCACCGAGCAUGUGUCGCGCGACACGAACAAGGAAGCAGACGACAUCGCCAAGAGGGCGUCCCGGUGCCUCACUCAGGAGCCUGGCGUCUUUGACGAGCGGCUCUUCAAGCCUUUAGCAGCCCCUCCUGCUGCGGAACCAACACCACCCCAGGAGGAGCUCCCCCCAGCGCCCCUCUCGGGAGCCCCCACUUGCGGCCCAACCUUGGCAGCGCGUCUACUCCUCGCACUCAAGCCUCAGGAGGAGUGCUGGAUCGAAGAGUUCAAGACGUACCUGCUUCAGGAGACCCUGCCGGAGAAGGAGGAAGACGCGGAACGCGUGGCCCGACAGGCCACUAUCUAUGCAUUCAGGACGGGAUGUGAGCUGUUAACCGACAUACAUGACGGGGACUGCGGGCAUCACUCGUCAUCGUGCGCCCUCAUGGGCAAGGCAUUCCGCAGCGGAUUCUACUGGCCCACGACGCUCAAUGACGCUACCGAGCUGGUGAGAUCUUGUGAAGCCUCCCAGUUCCAUGCCAAGCAAAUCCACCAGCCUGCUCAAGGUCUCCAAACCAUCCCUCUCUCAUGGCCGUUUGUGGUCUGGGUGCUGGACAUCUUGGGCCCGUUCCCUCGAGCGCCCAGGGGCUACCGCUGCCUCUACGUCACCAUCGACAAGUUCACCAAGUGA